CGUGACCUUGGAAGCUGUUCUGGGCCUAACUCUAAUCCGCCAGUUCGUGGCUUGACGUGGUCACGUGCUGUAGGGUGCGGUGGCACUCAUUUGGUUUGGUCUUUGAGAAAAUUCGCGAACCACUUGCUUCGACGGGUCACUCUCGCGGUGCAACAGCUUGCAUCCUACAACACGAUGAGUAAACCGCCUACACAGGACAAACUAACUAGAAUCGCAAUUGUCAGUAAUGAUAAAUGCAAACCGAAAAAGUGUCGCCAGGAAUGCAAAAAAUCUUGCCCGGUUGUACGCAUGGGUAAGAGCAUUUCAGAGGUUCUGUGAGUUUUCCGUAGGCCGGAUGUGUAUCGAAGUGACACCGAACGACAAGAUUGCCUUCAUAUCUGAAGAGUUAUGUAUUGGUUGCGGUAUUUGCGUGAAAAAGUGUCCAUUUGAAGCAAUUCAAAUUAUCAAUCUUCCAAGCAACCUGGAGAAAGAGGUCACCCAUCGGUAUAGUGCUAAUGCUUUCAAACUGCAUCGGCUGCCGAUGCCCAGACCAGGAGAAGUCCUGGGGCUGGUUGGAACAAACGGGAUCGGGAAGUCGACUGCCCUAAAGAUUCUUGCUGGCAAACUGAAACCAAACCUCGGACGAUUCAAAAACCCGCCCGAUUGGACGGAAAUCCUCACUUAUUUCCGUGGUUCGGAGUUACAAAAUUAUUUCACUAAAGUGCUGGAAGAUAACUUGAAGGCUGUCAUCAAACCUCAGUACGUGGAUCAAAUUCCAAAGCUUGUCUCUGGUGGUGUGAAGACCCUGUUGGAUCGGAAAGAUGAUCGUGGAAAUCAGGAUCAUAUAUUGAACUUGCUUGAUCUGAAGGUUGUAACUGAGCGACUUGUAAGUGAUUUAUCCGGAGGUGAACUCCAGCGCUUUGCGUGUGCAAUGGUUUGUGUCCAAAAGGCGGAUAUUUACAUGUUUGACGAGCCCAGUUCCUAUCUGGAUGUCAAGCAGCGACUGAAAACAGCUAUUGCCAUACGGGAAUUACUGGAGGUAGGUAUAGACAAUGAAAAUAUCUGUAAUCUCCUAUUCCAGGAUACCAAUUUCAUCAUUGUGGUGGAGCACGACUUGUCAGUAUUAGACUACCUUUCUGAUUUUAUAUGCUGUCUUUAUGGAGUUCCCGGUGCCUAUGGAGUGGUGACAAUGCCUUUUUCUGUACGUGAAGGCAUCAAUAUUUUCCUGGAUGGCAUGAUCCCCACGGAAAAUUUGCGUUUCCGUGAAACCCCGCUUGUGUUUAAGGUUUCAGAGACAGCGAAUGAGGAGGAAGUCAAACGGCAUUCUCGAUAUGACUAUCCGAAAAUGAAGAAAAAUCUGGGUUCGUUCCAACUCCAUGUGGAGCCAGGAUCUUUCACCGACUCGGAGAUUAUAGUUAUGUUAGGUGAGAAUGGUACUGGGAAAACGACGUUCAUUCGAAUGUUGGCGGGUAGUCUCAAGCCAGAUGACGAGGCCAAACUUCCCGUAAUGCAUGUCUCCUACAAACCACAGAAAAUCAGCCCAAAGUCGGAGAAGACAGUGCAAAAUCUGCUUUUGGAGAAAAUAAGAGAUUCAUUCACUCAUCCCCAAUUCGGAACAGAUGUUUUGAAGCCGCUACAGAUGGAGCGGCUGUACGACCAGCAGGUCAUGAACUUAUCUGGUGGUGAACUUCAACGUUUGGCAAUCACCCUCUGCCUAGGACAGCCAGCUGAAGUCUACUUGAUUGAUGAACCAUCGGCCUAUUUAGAUUCUGAGCAACGUCUGCACGCGGCCCGGGUGAUCAAACGAUUUAUUCUACAUGCAAAGAAAACGGCUUUUGUUGUCGAACACGACUUCAUUAUGGCUACAUAUUUGGCCGAUCGUGUGAUCGUGUUUACCGGGCAACCCGGUGUUGAAGCCACUGCGACAACCCCGCAGCACUUGGUGUCAGGAAUGAAUCAGUUCCUACAAUCACUAGAUAUCACAUUCCGGCGGGAUCCGAGUAACGCCCGACCACGCAUCAACAAACUGAAUUCGGUCAAAGAUACGGAACAGAAGAAAAGUGGGAACUAUUUCUUCCUUGAAGAUUAGCCAGUGAUUCUUCGUCAAUUCUUCUGUACUUGUCCCUCUGAUUUCGACUGAUAUUUUGGCAUCUAACAUGAGUGCCCUGAAAUCCUGGAACUUGUAAACAGUCGGCGGUUUAUUGUUGUUGGCCUGUCCCUUCUUCCACUCAGGAUCCGCUUGUACCUACUGGGUCUUUUCCGUACUAGCGAUCUGUUUCUCCCAAUCAUUGUUUCCAAGCAAGUGCUCUGUCGAGAUGAAAAUACUUCUGUGGCUUUGGUAUUUGCUCAAUGAUUUCUCCAGUUUGGGAUUUCCUGGGCUGUUUUGUUGCGGU